AUGAAUGCAGAGCAUGUGAUUUCGGUCUUGAUAUCAAUGAGAUCGUACCACCUUAUUCCUAGACUCCUUGAAUACAGCACUUUUUAUCCCCAACUAAAAAUCGAAUGCUACAAGCAAUUCGAAGAAUUCCAAAGCUCAGAUCAAUGAGGAUACACAGAUGUUUUGGUUUUAUUUGGAAAGAUACAGCCAAAUCAUGUGGACGAAUGCGUAAGGAGUAACCCACUUAAGUGAAUUCACGCUUUUUCAACAGGAGUGAGAUCUUUUUUGACUGAAGAAUUAAUUUCAAGUCCUGUCCCAUUUACAAAUACCAAAGGCGUCUAUGACUUCUCCCUCUCUGAAUAUUGUCUAGGGGCGAUGCUUUAUUUUAAUAAAAAAAUAGAAACCCUUCGCCUACAAAAAGAUAAAAAAUUAUUUUGUCCGUUUAAUAUGCCCACUUUAUCAAAAUCUACAAUAGUGAUUUUGGGAUACGGAUCAAUCGGGAAAUCAGUUGCAAGGAUGUGCAAAAUGUUAAAUAUGAGUGUUAUAGGAAUUAAAAGAACUAAGGUUGAGCCAGAUGGAAUUGCUGACCAAAUUUUUGAUAUGGAAAAAUUGCAUGAAAUUCUUCCAAGUGCAGAUUUUUUGUUUAUGGCACUACCAAGCACAAGGAUGACGAAUAAUGUUAUAGCAGAGCGCGAAAUUGCACUUAUGAAGAAGACCGCUGUUAUUAUUAAUGUAGGGAGAGGAGAUAGUAUCAACGAAAGAGAUUUAGUUAAUGCGCUGCAUAAUCGGUCAAUUGCUGGAGCAGCCUUAGAUGUAUUUUGAAAUGAGCCAAUACCUCAGAACUCACCGCUCUGAAAUGCUCCAAAUUUACUUAUUUCUCCACAUAAUGGAGGAAUGACAUUAAUUUCAGAAGAAAAUAGAAUGAAGUGUUUUAAAGAUAAUUUAGAGUCUUUUCUAAACGGAAGGCAGCUUACAUCAAUAGUCGAUAAAGCAAAAGGGUAUUAA